AUGACUACUGCGAUGGCUGCUCACCAAGAAUCUAUACACGAGAGACUUCAGCCUACACCUGAGGAACCUUUAUACCUCCACCAUGAGUCAUCGUCGUGGCAGGAGUCAUCCGAUCACCAGGAGGAACAUAGUACCGACAUGUCACCUUAUUACAACAUGCCAAAAAGAAACAAGAGAAAAAAUUUUAAGCCCCGAUGUGCCCCCAACGCAACUACUUUCUCUGAUGAUUCUAAUGGAGCUAAUUGUGAUGGUAGGGGUAGUCCUAUCAAUGGCAAUGAUAGAACUUCCCCAGAACCACUUGGGGAUGAUGAUAAGGACGACGGAAACUAUGCAAAAAUUGGUGUGAAAAAUUUCAGUCUACUAAAGGGUGGUGCUGUUGACCUUAGUAGAAGAUUAAGCACAGACUCCAAUGAAAACAUAGAAUUGAAUUACCAAAACAGGUUACCGGAAGAUAAAAAAGUAGACUCCUUUCAACAUUCGUACAUACAUAGUUUACAAAUAAAUCAGGGCUCCGAGCGAGACCGGACCGUCCUUAACUUUAGUAAUUUACAAAAUAAAACAUUCUGUGCCAAAAAUCCAUUUGCGAUAUCUCAACUAAUAAAGACGAACUCACCUCCUAGAAGAAGGGAUUCGGACUCUGAUGAGGAUAAAGGUCAGGAUAUAAAUGCUAAUGAGAGAUUAGAAGAGAAUCAAGAACCUAUGGACACUACUGAACCUCAACAAAAUGGUGAUGUAUCUAAUGUUACAAACAGAAUUUUGAGAGACUAUGCUAUGAACACUAUGAAAGAGUUGCUUGGAAUAUAUGGCUUGUCUUCAAAUGAAGUUGCUGAUGCUAUCAGCGGGCAGAUAAGAGCAUUAGAAGCGUUACAAGGUAAACCAUUUACGCAACUGCCAUUAAGUUUGAAGAGAAGACAUGAUUCAGGUAUGGAAGAUGGAACUGACAGAAGUAUAAGAAGAUCCUCGUCAGCUACUGAAGACGAAGGUUCAACAAACAUUACUCCACCGAAGACUCCCGAUAAUGACAUUGAAGCUCAAAGACAAAGAGCGCUACAAAUAAUAAACCAACAGUCUAUGAGACUGUUCAAUCGAUCUCAAGGUCAGGAGGAAGAUGGUAGCGGCUCUGAUGAUGGAGAACAAACUCUUGAUCUCAGCGUGUCAAGAGACACAGAUGGACAGGAACAAUCGGCGACCUCGAGCGCUGCCAACAGUGUCUCGGAGUUUGAACAACAAAACCUUCUUAUGAGGAAAAAUUUAGAGGAUCUAGCCAAUUUACAGAUGCAGGGUUUCUUUCAAAAACAAUCAUCGAUGGAUGCUGAUGACUCACAAGAAAGAAAACUGCAUGCAAGCGGUUUGAUGUCGGCGUUGAAUCACUUGGACCAAACACGCAAGAACUCUUUGCAGACAUCGGUCGACUACUCUAGAUAUGUUAAAAGGUAUAGCUCAACUUUGGAAUGCGGUUUCUCAUAUUGCAAAGACCUUGGCUACCGGGAGCAUUUCCACUGCAUGGAUUGUACUGCUAGAGUUUUUUGCAAGAAAGAAGAGAUGAUCAGGCACUUCAAGUGGCACAAGAAACGUGAUGAGUCUCUUGCACAUGGCUUCAUGCGUUACUCACCGCUCGACGACUGUUCUGAACGAUUCUCUGACUGCCCUCAUAACCGCAGCCAGACGCAUUACCACUGCAUACAAGAUGGUUGUGAUAAGGUAUACAUAUCAACAUCAGACGUGCAAAUGCAUGCAAAUUACCACAGGAAAGACUCCGCAAUCCUGCAGGAGGGCUUUCAGAGGUUCAGAGCUACAGAGAGUUGCGCCGCUCCCCAUUGUGUUUUUGCUGGGCAGAGAACCACGCACUUUCACUGCAGGCGUCCCGGAUGUACAUAUACUUUUAAGAAUAAGGCUGACAUGGAAAAACACAAAACUUAUCAUAUUAAAGAUGAGGCAUUAUCUAAAGAUGGAUUUAAAAAAUACAUGAAAAAUGAGGCCUGCCCAUAUCGUGACUGCCGGUUCAGCAAGACCUGCAACCACAUCCACUGCAUCAGACCCCAUUGCAACUACGUGCUGCAUUCUAGCAGCCAGAUCUUCACUCAUAAACGGAAGCAUGAGAGGAAAGAACAAGAGAUGAGCUUUGGGCUGCCAACUUCAGUGAUACAGAAUGCUUUCAUGCAACAAGGAGCUGAUUUGAGCAUGUAUUCGCCAGGAGGCAAUCUUCAAGGGGACGAUGACAUGUCCAAUACAAUGUUGGAUUCGGACUACCCGUAUCCAUUUAAUCCUGCUGUAGCUGAAGAGGCAUCUAGAAAGUAUAUAGAAACCUUUACUGGUGGAAAGGAAGCUGAUGAUAAAUGCAGCAAAUGCAGCGCUUUGAAUAAGCAUUAUCAUUGCUUGGCGGAUAGUUGCAAGAUGGCUCACAGCUGCCAUGCUACGAUGGUGAAGCAUGUAAUGGAACAUGAGCAACAAAACCAGGUCACCGAAGCCUACUUCAUGACGUAUACACGAAACAACCCUUGCAUGAACUCUGCCUGUCAACAUAUCAGGGAUAUCACACACUAUCAUUGUACUUGGGAAAAUUGCGGUGCAGUUAUCCUCUCAUCAGAUGAACAUCCUUUCCGACGUCUUGAACAUCAUCGGCAACACGCUAUCCUCAGUCCAAUGUCACCAAAUUUAGCGUCCAGAUUUGCACCAAACUUUACACCUCAACUCUCAGCACAACUACACCCAAACAUGGCAGCACAACUUGGCCAAGUGCCAGCUCUGCCAAAUCUUCCACCGAACUUAGCCCAAUUGGCCCAAAUGGCACCAAGUCUUUCAUCACAAUUGACUCCUAACCUUCAAGCUCAACUAAAUCUUGGGCCAAAUCCUGGUGUGGUUCCACAGCAGGUUAAUCCUUCUAGCUCCUUAGAUGAGAUGUUUAGUAGGAAACGAGGAAGGCCACCGAAAAAUAGGGUUGUUGAAGUUUGGACUGAUAAUAUUACGCCUCAAGCAAUAUUCACAUCCUUCAAAUUACCCAAGAGUAAUCAAUUGCCAGUUGUGAUUCCGUCACCGGUUAUACCAACUAUUGAGGAAUUCCCUCGCAUUAAAUUCCAGCACUUUGAAGUAUUUACCAGUAUUGACAUUUGCUCAUCAUCAUAUUCCAAUUGUCAGUUACGCAUGACUAGACUCCACCUACACUGCUUGAACUGUAGUUUUGCUGGAGAAACCCACAUGAUCAUGGAGACCCAUAUGAGAGAGGUACAUGGCAUUAGCCCAUUACUAGAGGGUUUCGACUAUUUUACUUCUUUCGACCAAUGUGGAGGAAAGAGCUGCUUCAAGAAUCAGUUAAGGUCUCACUUCCAUUGUGCCCAAGGAAACAACUGUCCCGCAAUUCUGACUCAGUAUUCAGCCUUGGCUACUCACAAGCACGGAAGAGGAACGCCAGUGAUUAAGAGUGAAGAGCAAGAGAAGCAAUUUGAGGAAGCCAAAGAUUAUUCUUUGAAAGAAAGAGCUUCAGUGGAUAGCGUCAGUUCAAUGAAAGAGCCUUGUGAAUCAUUCACACCUACAAACUUUUCUAUUAAAAGUGAAUUUGAAAGAGAACAAGAUAACGUGUCCGUAGUAAAAGCGACAGGAACGUUUUAUCCAUCGUCACACCUUAGAAGUAACACGUCAUCACCAUCACCAAGAAGUAUCUACGAUGCUUCACCUUCAAAGGAUAUGAAGUCUCGCAUUGAUUUCGACCAAAAGAAGAUUUUUGAACCACCUAAGGUGUCCGGCCCUACGAUCCCUCCAUCGUGCCAUGAUCAGACGUGUCCCUUGAAUAAGAACGCUACAGGGAUGAACCUUCAUUACCAUUGUCCGCAUUGUAGUCAAGCAUAUGUUGAUUUAAAAUUGUUGUUCAGCCAUAUGGUGAAAAAGCACAGCAACACUAUGGAGCCAGGACCUGUUGGAUUAGCUGCUACUAAGGAGACGUUGGAAAGGGAAUAUCCAGAGAUAUCGAUACUGCCAUCGACUGCUUCUUCGUCAUCAACUAGUCAAGCUCCUUCUCCGAGUCAGAGACCACCGAACCCUGCGGACCAGGUUCAAGCAGUACAAAGCCUUCUUCUACAACAAUACUUGGCCGGUGGCAGAAAAGGCAGUCUUCAAGAACAGUUAAAAAUGCAGCAGCAAUACACUGCGUCGUUAGCUGGUCUACCAGGAUUGGCCUUAUUUUCUCAAGGCGGAUCACCAUUCCCUCUUUACCCAGCAAUGCUGUACCCACCGGAGCUACUCUUAGAGCAGAGCUUAUUACAAGGUCAUGGUUUACCACCUGGUUUAGACAAAGAGGCAGAGAUGAUGGCAAAAACCAGACGCACGCAUACCGCUAGAGGGCCUCACAUGCGUGUUAUGAAAGAUGAGCCCAUCCCGGAAGGGUAUCUGCGGUUCAGAUUCAACGAAGACUGCGCUUAUCAGCAUUGCGGAUACAGGGAACAUCAAACCCACUUCCAUUGUACAAGGAAGGACUGCGGCUACUCAUUCUGUGAUAAGACGAGGUUCGUCCAACACACGGCUAGACAUGAAAGAUUGGACACGCUCAUGGGAGGCGACUUUCAGCAGUAUCGUGCUAACGUCUACUGUAAACGUCCAGAUUGCCCACAUGCUUCGACUUUUGGAACAGGUCAGAACAAAGCGUCUCAUUUCCACUGCCUCAAGUGCGACUUCGUAUGCACGGACACCAACAAAGUCGUCGCACAUCGUCGUCAGCAUCAAAAGCUUGACUCCAUUCAAGCAGCUGGUUUCGACAAAUUCCCGCCAAGCAAAGGUUGUGGUUACGAACCUCAAUGCAUCCACAGCAAGAAACAAACCCAUUAUCACUGUUUACAGUGUGGUUUCGCUGUUCUUGGACUGUCUCAAAUGACGUCACAUAAGUACAAACAUCAGGAGGCGAACCUUGGACCUUCCACUAGUGGAACCAACUGA